UCAAAAUGGCGGCGCUACUGUGUCGACCGUAUGGCAGCACUUCAAGAAAAAAACACAUUUGAGAAGGUGUUUGGGUCCCCAAGAGGAGACCACUCUCUAGUAACUAUCUCUCCCAGAGGAUCAGGAUCAGGAAGAUGAUCAUUUCUGUUCAAUAAGCUGAAUGCAUUGUGAUUUCCAAUAAUUGAGACAGUGAUUCUGAAAGCUGUCUACAUUAAUGAAAAGAGCAAUGUAGUCAGCUUAGCAUAUUCACCUCUGGUACGUGGUCUAAACAGGGAUGAGCUUCUGCAUGUUUUCUGAGUUUUUUUAAAGAAAAGGAAGCACGUGAAGAUUUUAUUGUAAUUGUCAGUUCAUAUAAGGUUUUAGUCGUGAAUUUAGAGAGAAAAUGGAGAUAGAUGACGUUUUACCUCCUCUCCCCUUGGAGCCGCCUGAUGAUUUUGGCCCAGACCAGGGCAGAUUCCCUCCACCACCUCCCCUGCAAACGUCCAGUGACGCAGAGGUAAUGGACGUUAGCUCUGGUGGUGAUGGAUACACAUGCACCCCAGGGGACGGGGAAGACGAGACGCAGCAACCCCUCACCAUCUGCAGCCACCUCUCAGACGAGGAUAACCCCAACCCUCCGUGCCCCAGAACAGCCCGCCACGCGCCCCCGGUCACUAAGUUUCUGCCAGACCUCAAGUUGCUCAGAGACGUAAAGAUCCGCGUGAGCUUCUCUGAAACCAGCACUAGCACUAGUAGCAAUAGCAAAGACAGGAAGGUUUUGUACACGGGCGAGGGUCAGGAGAAAGGGAGUGGCAAUGGCUUAGGUGGUUUUAAUGGUGAAAUACACGACCUGACAGGCGUGGAGGACGAGGUAGACGAAGGUCCCUCCGGUGUAGGAAGGUUUGCAGGGAGGAGGUUGGAGGAGACCGACGUAGACAUGGAAAAUAAGGUAGAAUUCGCUGUCCUGGAUGAGUUGGACGACAUCUACGAGAACUUCUUGGACCCGGACGACGGCGAUAACAGCGGUUUUCAGUCUGGGGUCAUAGUUCAGCAGGAGCAGGCGGAUGACAAUGCUGUGGGUUACUCCUACGAGGAGGAGUUUGACAAUGAUGUUGAUGCUCUGCUGGAGGAAGGACUCCCCGUCCCAAAGAAGAUGCGCACGUCCGAGGACAAAGAUGGUGGGGACAGCGAUCAUCAGUCCGAUGGUGAAGGAGGGGUUCAGCCCAUGAUGACCAAAAUUAAGACUGUCCUGAAGAGUCGGGGGCGUCCUCCUACUGAGCCUCUACCUGACGGAUGGAUCAUGACAUUCCAUAACUCAGGCAUUCCAGUCUACCUGCACAGAGAAACCCGAGUGGUGACCUGGUCCAGACCCUACUUCCUAGGAACCGGCAGUAUUAGGAAACACGACCCACCUACCAGCAGCAUCCCCUGUCUACACUACAAGAAAAUGAAGGAAAAUGAGGAAAAAGAGCUAAACGGGGAGCUAACAUCUAACGCAGAAGCGUCUCCUACCAAACCUGUGGAGGCAGGAAAUGACGAGAAGACGGCAGAGAAGUCGGGGGAUGAGCAAGAUAGUGUUCCCACGUCAAGUGUCACCGACUGUGUCCAAGAUGAAGAGCCGAGCACUGAUAACGGGGUUCAGAAUAAAGAGCCCAAGCCCUUCGACAUGGCUCAAGGAGCCCUGGGUCAGGUCAAGGCCAAGGUGGAGGUGUGCAAAGAUGAAUCCAUAGAACUUGAAGAUUUCCGUUUGUACCUGGAAAAAUGCUUCGACUUUGAACAAGUUACUGUCAAAAAGUUCCGCACGUGGGCCGAGCGAAGGCAGUUCAACAGAGAUAUGAAGAGGAAGCAGGCGGAGUCGGAGAGACCGAUCCUUCCUGCCAACCAGAAACUCAUCACACUGUCAGUCCAAGACGCCCCCACUAAGAAAGAAUUUGUCAUCAAUCCUAAUGGAAAGUCUGAAGUUUGUAUCCUGCAUGAAUACAUGCAGCGUGUCCUCAAGGUCCGACCUGUUUACAACUUUUUUGAUUGUGAGAACUCAAGUGAACCCUUCGGAGCAUCUGUCAUUAUAGAUGGAGUCACUUAUGGCACAGGAACUGCAAGCAGUAAAAAGCUUGCCAAGAAUAAAGCUGCUCGAGCCACACUGGAAAUCCUCAUUCCUGACUUUGUGAAGCAGACGUCGGAGGAGAAGCCUGUGGAGGGGGAUGAACUGGAGUAUUUCAAUCAUAUCAGUAUAGAAGACUCACGAGUGUACGAGCUAACCAACAAAGCAGGACUACUUUCGCCAUAUCAGAUUCUUCACGAGUGCCUUAAAAGAAAUCAUGGAAUGGGGGACACCAGCAUUAAAUUUGAGGUGAUCCCAGGGAAAAACCAGAAGAGUGAAUACGUGAUGACGUGUGGGAAGCAUACUGUACGUGGCUGGUGCAAGAACAAGAGGGUUGGCAAACAACUUGCAUCUCAGAAAAUCCUGCAGAUGCUUCACCCUCACGUUAAGAACUGGGGCUCGCUGCUGCGCAUGUACGGCAGAGAGAGCAAUAAGAUGGUGAAGAAGGAGAACUCGGACAAGAGUGUGAUUGAGCUGCAGCAGUACGCCAAAAAGAACAAGCCAAAUCUUCAUAUCUUGAACAAACUGCAAGAAGAAAUGGUAAAACUGGCAGCUCAGAGGGAGGAAACGCGAAAGAAACCCAAGAUAACGAUAAUGGAGUCGGCCCAGCCGGGGAGCGAGCCGCUCUGCACUGUCGACGUCUAAGCCUUGGAUAUCACUGUCGGACCCAGUCGCUGUCAAACUUAACAUGUCAUGAGAUAGAAUUAUGCAUCAGAAGAGAUUCUAAAGGCACUAUAGUGACGCGUCGAGCUGCUCGCCUUCUUCACAUGCAUUUUCCCGGCUUAGCAGGUAGGUGCAAGGGUGGAACUAAAUGCACAUUAAAAACCCCUAGAGAAAAACUCUCUACCUCUGCAGAUGCAUCCUUACUACGGCACAAACAAAGUUCCUCUGGGAUGCAGAGAAGUCGACACGAUUUGGUUGAAAUAUGAAGAAUAUUGGAAUGGGGAAAAAAUGCAUGCAUGCAUCUGAAACGUCAACAACCACACAUUUUUAUUAUUUCGUUUGUCUUUUGAAGUGUUAUUUUCAGCAGUCACAAUCUGAGUACCAGCACCUAUUAUUGUUUUGUGCUAAGUAUUUUAAAGGGACUACUAUUACUUGUACUGAUUACCGUUCAUUUCAAUUAAAACUGAAGUUCCUUGAUUAUUUGGCUAUUUUUAAUGGUAGGUGUUCUGGAUGUUUUGGACGAAAAGAAAUGUCUCAUUUUGUUUAUCCUCAAAAUGGAAAGUUGCUGUCUCUUGGUUUGCACGACAAAAACGCAAAAUCACUGUUUAAAAGAAACCUAUUGUUACGCACUCCUGUCCUGUGGGAUUUAUUUGUUGGGCGACCACGAUGUUGGUACAGGAAUAACUACAUUACAGAUAUUAGAGUCGGCUUUUUGUAUCGGGAGGGUGGUGUUGCUUUUCGUCUUUAUUUGCUUUGGUGAAACGAGGCCGAGGUCGUUCCUCUCCUCCGCCGCGCUGCAGUAACGGCCAGUACGGAGUCAGAUUACUGUAACUUAGAUGAACUUCUUCCAACGCUUUUAGAUCUCAUUUCCUUAUUCUAUGCUAAAACAAAGAACUACAUGCAAACUUCUUGGCAUGUUUCAGUUGGUUUUCAUUUUUUUGCUGCCCUUUUUAAAAAAGAAAACCAUGGCUACAUGUUGCCUUAGUUAAUCCGUUUUAUGAAGGGCUCAGACUAAAUAAUUGGACCUAAAAACAUCCUUCAGCAAGAAGUGGAAAGACCAAGCCCCGUUAACUUGAUAAAGCAUUUAUAGUCAAGUCAGUAUUUUUAAUGAAGACAGCUUGCAAAAUGUCAUACAUAGGGAAAUAAGCCUGCAGCAUGUGUGGAUUUUAAAGACUUGUCUUAAUAAACUGUGUAUUUUGUG